GACUACCCCCCCCACCCCCCACCCAGCCCACAUCUCACCGCUCUCAUGUCCACAAGGCAACAAGCCAUGUCUGGACAGACAGUGACCAUCCCGGACGACCGGGCGUUCGCCAGCUUCAAGGCGGAGUGCCUGUGCGAGGAGGGCUGGAGCAUGACCUACAGCAAGGGGGGCAUCACGGUGUGGACCCAGGGUCUGGAGGAGGGGAAGUCCAUCCACAAAAUUAAGUGUCGUAUGGUGAAUAAGGACGUGCCGGCCGACACCAUGUAUGAUGUUCUUCAUGACAUCGAAUACAGACGGAAGUGGGACUCAAAUGUCAUCGAAACGUUUGAUAUCGGGAAACUCACCGUCAACGCAGAUGUCGGCUACUACUCAUGGAAGUGUCCAAAACCUCUUCGGAACCGUGAUGUCAUCACUCUUCGGUCCUGGCUGCCAAUAGGGAAAGAUUACAUCAUCAUGAACUACUCGGUGAAACACUCAAAAUAUCCUCCGAAGAAGGACAUGGUACGAGCUGUUUCCAUUCAGACUGGCUACAUGAUCCAGAGCCAGGGACCUAACCACUGUACCCUCACUUACAUGGCCCAGGUCGAUCCACGAGGUUCAUUACCCAAGUGGGUUGUCAACAAGUCCUCCCACUUCCUGGCUCCUCGCGCGAUGAAGAAGAUCAACAAGGCCUGUUUGAAGUACUCGGACUGGAAGCAGAGACAUAACCCCGGCUUCAAGCCCUGGCUCUACCCAGAACAGACUGCGUUACCCAGCAUCCCACUCUCAGAGCUGAGCCUCCAGCGGGCAGAGAGCCUGGAGAAUAUUGAUGAGAGCUCACUGGCUGAGACCAAUGAGAGGGAAGACAGCGACUAA